CCGAGCGUAACGAAAUUUUUGACGUUUCCACUUUUGCCCUGGCGACCGAUUCCACUCCUCUCGUCUCGGGACUCCCACUCCUCUCGCGUUCCUCUCUCCGACAGCCCCAAAUCCCUAGCUCACCCACUCCUCCCUAGUGUCGUUGCUGCCGCCUCCCACUCGCCGGCAUCGUUGAGCCUCCCUCUAGCCGGUGUCUCCUCUCCCAUUCCCCUCGCUCACCUACUCCCCUCCAAAGAUGGCGUCGUCCCCUCUGCCCGUCUGGUGUCCUCGCCUAUCUUCCAAAGAUUGCUUUUUUUACUCCAACGCAUCUGAAGCGGUGAUGGGUACUUGUGCUGAGGCGGCGGAGGCAGCGGCGGCGCUGUAUCUAAAGAGGGCACCAUAGCAGCAAUGGCAGCAUUGGAUCUGAAGCGGUUGACGGCACCGUUGCGGCGGGAGGAGCAAUUAUGGCGAGCACUACCACGACGAUCUGCUUUUUUGCUUGUGAGGAACAAAGGGAACAAAAGGAGUACUGCUCUAGUGAUGCUCUACUGACUUGCUGUACAUUUUCCAAGACGAUUGAUCGAUGCAGCUGCUACCUGCUGCUGCUGUAUGCACCAUGUCUGAAGAAGACCCCUCUGUGGACCGAACUCUCUGGAGUACUGGUUGUCUGGUCCAGCAUCGACAUGCAAAAUCGAACCCUUUCUCUCUUAUUCUUCUCUUUCAAAGGCGGCUUCACCCUGUUGGAGUGCCUCCUUAUCAUUAAGCUGGAAUUUCCUGUGGAGUGUGGAGCGGCUGACACCCAAUGCAGCAGCAAGUGAUCAUAUGCUUGACCUUCUGUGUAGUGGAACUGCUGAGAUUUGUGAUAGAAAGCCAUCAACCACUUUUGUGCCGCAUCUUUCUGGUUGACACAUCCACCUGUUGACCAAGAGCAAUCUGUUUCUUUGCUAUCUUCCAAAUUCUUUUAAUGAGUUGGAUGUCUACUUGAAACAAUGCAGCCACGUCCUGCUUAUCGUUCCCUUUCAAAUCUCCACCUCUCUUAAUACUUAGCGCUUGCAUUGCCAUAUAAGCAGCAUAUCUCUUCUCAUUUGUUAGUGAUUUUCUCUUCCUCCGUAUUUGUUGAACACCUACAGUAGCAAUGCAACAAGAAAAUUAGAGAAAUUGUGCACUUGGAGAACAUGGAUGAAUAUAAAUUCAGUAAAAUCCACUUGGCUGAAUUUGAAUGCACUUAAGCGCAUAUAUAUCUUCAGUUAAGUGCAUUCAAAUUCAGUUAAGUCCAUUUAAAUCCACUUGACCAAAUUUGAAUGCACUUAAGCACAUAUAUAUUCAGUUAAGUGGAUUCUAAACUUAUUGCAGACUUGUGGUACAUAUAGUGUAAUUAAGUUCAUUUUAAUUCAUUUAAGUAGUAUGUAAAUACAUAUUCAGUUAAGAAUAUGUAUAUUCAAUUUACCUGCUUCUCCCACUGCUUCUCCCAUAGCUUGAUCCUCUUCUUCUCCCACUGCUUCUCCCAUAGCUUGAUCCUCCUCUUCUCCAACAACAUGUUCCUCUUCUCCUCCCACUUCUUCAUCCACAUCUUCUGGUGGAGAAAAGUUUAGGUCAAAGUUCAUGUUCCAAAUUCAGAGUUUGGAGCUGGAGCUGGAGUACAAGAAGCAAACAUAUUAAGAAUUUUGGAAUAAAAGUAAAUUGUUGGAGUACAAGUAAUUGGAGUAUGAACAUUUAAAUGGAGUAAACUUUUGCUUGAUGUCAAUUUAAAUUCAGAAUUGCUACAAAUUGCAGUCAAUUUAAGUGCAUAGGUUUGCAAUCAAUUUACCAUUGGAGUAGGAGUAAAUAUUGGUUUGUCUAGGUUUGUGCUAAGUGGUUGUUUUCUGUAAAUUAACAACAUGAACCAUGUCAAAUUCAGUUAAUUAUUGUACUGCAUUGGUUUCUUUAAUGUUGCGAUUCUUUAAUUCUCUGUUCUUUGAAAUCAUCAGGACUCCUGAUCAAUUAAGAUCAUGCAAUCUGUUUUCUCUGUUUGCUCUACUAUAUUCUCUGUGUAAAGUGAAAUACUAAGUCAUUCUCUGAAUAACGCCACUUGCUGCCACUAUAUUCUCUAUAAUUCUGAUUAAAUCAUCAGCUUGUGAGGUGAGGCACUAAAACUCUUGUGACAACAAGUCACCCAUACUUGAGGUGAGGCACCCAUCAGCUUGUGAUAACAACAAGUCACGCAUCAUAAUUGUGUGUACAUAAGUGUUUGGUGAGAGUGGCUCUACAAAUCAUAACAGGAAGUAUUCCAAGUAGUUCAGCUCAGAUGCAUCAUAAUUGUUCAUAUCAUAAUUGUACUACUGAAAAUUGUUUGGAUCAUUAUUGUUCUGCUGAUAUCUACUGAUUUUUUCCAUUAACACUGAUUUUUCAAUUAACAAUAUUCAGUUAACACUGAUUGUUGUAGCUGCUGUAAUCAGUUUAUUCCAGUUGAUAUGUACCUUGUCCUUGUAAUCACUUGUUAAAACUUGUUGUUAUGUUCAGUUUGAAGUAUAUCUGGCAGCUGUUAUUGAUCUGUACCUUGUCUCUGCAAUCAAUUGUUAAAUCUUGCUUCUGUUGGUCAAUUUGAAGUGAAUCUUACUGUUGUUGUUGAUCUAUACCUUGUCUCACAGUAUUGCAUUUCAAAUUUCUGUUUCCUGGAUUAAAAUUUCAAUUUCCUGCAAACAAUUUAAUCAGUAUUGCAAUUCAAAUUUCAGUUUCACUUCAAAUUUCCUGGAGUAUUGUACUGAUCUCUAUCUUGUUUGUCGGCUUCUCUGUUGAU